AUGCAGGUUGAGAAACCAACGCAGCAAGAUGUCGACCUUGACAUUUAUGGCCGCACGGGAGGGGCAUAUAUUCCACCGGCCCGUUUGCGGCAGAUGCAGGCAAGGAUUACAGACAAAUCUUCUGAAGCCUAUCAACGUAUCGCAUGGGAGGCUCUGAAGAAAUCAAUUCAUGGUCUUAUUAACAAGGUGAAUGUCUCCAAUAUCGCGUCAGUAGUUCGCCAGUUGUUAUCCGAAAAUAUCGUUCGUGGUCGUGGAUUACUGGUUCGCUCUUUGAUUACGUCUCAGUCCGCCUCCCCAACCUUCACCCACGUUUUUGCGGCGCUGAUGGCUGUUGUCAACUCGAAGUUUCCUCAGCAGGUGGGUGAACUGCUGUUAAAGCGUCUGAUCAACGAGUUCCGGAAGGCCUUUCGGCGCAAUCAAAAGGAUCGUUGUCUCUCCACGGCCCGUUUCCUCGCACACCUAGUCAACCAGAAGGUGGCCCACGAGCUAAUUGUGCUUGAGCUGUUGACUCUCCUGUUGGAGCAGACCACUGACGACAGUGUCGAAGUAGCAGUGGCCGUGCUCAAAGAAUGCGGCGCCUUUCUCACUCGCGUUGUACCCAAGGGUGUACUUGGCAUCUUUGAGCACCUGCGAAGGAUCCUCAACGAGGGCCAGUGUGACAAACGAAUCGACUACAUGCUCGAGGUCAUGUUCCAGAUCCGUCGGGACGGUUGGAAGGAUCACCUAACCCUGCUGCCCGAGUUGGAUCUUAUUGACGAGGACGACCAAAUUACGCACACCAUCUCUCUACUUGAUCCC